UAUAUAUGUAUAUAUACACAUAUAUACGUAUUCUUUUUCAGAUUCUCUUUCAUUCUGCUAUUACAAGAUAGUGAAUGUAGUUCCCUGUGUUAUACAGUCGGUCUUGGCUGUUCUGUUUUUUGAUAAUAGCCAUCCUAAUGCUAUUUGCAGUGGGAUUGAUGGAGGAAAUAGAGUUCCAAAGUACGACCGUUCUCUCCACCAUUCCAUCUUUCAAUGCACUUUUCAUCUUUUCAUGCCACAGAUUCACAGUUUAUUAUUAUUCACAUACCACAGUUUAUUCACUUCUAAUCAUCCAUUCAUUUCAUUCACUUUCCCAAGUGUCCUUCCCUCCAUCCCAGGCACAUUGCCAGGUGCUGUAGGAUGAAUAAAACACAGGCCCUGCCAGAUUUAUCUUUUUUAACAAGGGAAAUAACUAAAAUCAUAAUAAUUAGGUUACAAUGUAAGAAGUAACAAGGAACGUGAGACCUGGGGCUCUCUGAUCGCUGGGACCUCAGUUUCCAUGUGUGAAUAAAUUGCAGGAGGGCUGGGAUUAAGGAGCCCUUGUCCAGUGGUCUGUGAUUUCCGGCGAAGGUUUUUUUCCUCAUUCCUUGCUUUCUUAAUUCCUCAUCUUCCUUCUCAGUCUUGAUCUUACUUCUCCUCUCCUGGAAAGAGCCAUGGCUUCAGGCUGAGGUUUCUGCUCUGAGGAGAUAAGGUCAACUGAAUGACCUUAAGGUUUGCCUUUUGUGUGGGGGGGAUUGUUUUGAAUAUCAUUUUAUUUUUGUCCUAGUGACAUCCAGGUGUUAGUGACACAAAGAACUGAGUAGCAGCAAGGAUGUGUGGGUAGGACUUUGGUCCCAGACUGGAAGCUGGUUUAGAGGGUGGAAGUGAAAGAUGUUGAUGAAUGGGUCAUUGCUGGCUGGAUGAAUAAAGGUUCAGUGGUGGAUGGAUAGAUAAAUGGAUGGAUGGACGGAUGGAUGGAUGACGGAUGAUGUUGGGUGACGGAUGAUGGACAGAUGAUGAAUAAUGAAUGAGGAGUAAAUGAUGGUAGACAGCCAGAUGGAUAAUAGCAGUCUGUAAAUUCUGUCACCAUGUGUCUAACUUAAAGCUUUCAUUAGCUGUCUUGGUCCUCAGCAGUGGUAUGGCAUAGGGGUAAGAGUUUAGUCCCUGGAGUCAUACACAGGUGGGUUUGGAUCCUGACUCUACCAAUGACUAUGGGCAAGGGACUUUAUGUCUCUGAGUCAUAGUUUCCUCAUAGGCAAAAGGAAGAUCAUACCACACUGGCCACUUUGUCAGAGCCAUGGUGAGGACUGAAUGACAUAGUGUGGAUUAAGUAUUUAGUACAGUGCCUGGUACAUAAAAGACACAUUAAAAGUAAGCUUUCAUUGGUCAUUUAACCAAAUAUUGACUGAAGCCUAGUAUGUGUUGAAUGCCCUACAGGUUGUAGAAGGGAGGGUCCAGAGCUAUCUCUGGAUAUGUGAAUGACACUAUAUUCCCAUAUUUUAACUUUAAUAUAUGAUUUAUUUAUUGGCUGCACCUGGUCUUAGUUGUGGCACACAGAUCUUCGAUCUUCAUUGCUUCAUGCCGGGUCUUUUUUUUUUUUUUCUCCAGUUGUGGCAUGUGGGAUCUUUUUUUUUUUCUUUUAGUUGCAGCAUUCAAACCCUUAGAUGCAGCCUGUGGGAUCUAGUUGCCUGACCAGGGAUUGAACUCUGGCCCCUUGCAUCGGGAGCGCGGAGUCUUAGCCACUGGACCACUAGGGAAGUCUUGACACUAUGUCCUUUUGAGGAGCAGAAAGUCAUGCUAAGGGGACUUAAGUUGCAGGAGAGUCUGGGUGACCUGUUGAGUGACCAGCAGGGAUAUAGAAAAGCAUUCAUGAGCAGUCAUCUAGGAAUAAGGUCCAAAAAGCCCAGGCAUGCUGACCUUUGCAUAAGGAUGGACUCGUGGCAAUAUGUUCCUUCAGAGGACUCAUCUCUGCCUACCAAACAGUGUUUAUUACAUAACUGCCCGAGCACUCAAAAUCAAGGGUAGAGAAAAGGGUUUCGUUGGGCCUUUUGAAACCUUAGUUGUAGCCCAAGAGUCUCUGUUGCAGGUUUCAGGCGACCCUAGGGCAGGGUUCCUGAGCCUCAUUGAGCAAACGAACCUCUGUAGGGUGCUGUGAAAGGCCAGACUCUCCCAUCUCCUUCCGGCGCUGCGGAUCGCAUGGGUCUCUGAUGGGCCCCAAAUCCUCAAGCUUUUCUGGUCCCCAAGGUGACUCGAAUCAGGGGGUGCUGAGACUUGCUGUGGGAAGUGCUGGCCUCAGGCUGCGACCACCAGAAUGAGCCCAUGGGUCUCAUGUGGAGCUGGAACAGAGGUGGGGACCGAGAGAGAGAACUCAGCGCCCCCAACCCAGAACUGAGUAGGGGAACUUCCCUGGAGGUCAAGUGAUUGAGACUGUGCUUCCAAUGCAGGUGGCACGGGUCUGGUCCCUGGCAGGGGAACUAAGAUCCCACAUGCCACACAGCACGGCCAAAACCCACCCCUCCCAAGAAAAAAACCCAAAAAAGAUCUGUAGUAGGUGUGAGGAUUUGAGGGGGAGGAUAAAGCAUUUCAUAAAGAUCAUGAAGUUCCCCUGGAGAAGGGCAUGGCAACCCACUCCAGUAUUCUUGCCUGGAGAAAUCCAGGAAUGGAGGAGCCUGGCAGGCUACAGUCCACAGGGUGGCAAAGAGUUGGACACCACUGAAGUGACUUGGCAUGCACGCAUGGGCAGGAUACAGCAUUCUAUGAAGAUCUGGGCACUUCGGCCUGGGCAGGAGAAGGCAAAAAGGGGAGGGCCUGGAGUGGGGCUCCAGGGCAGAUCUACAGCUAAAAAGGAAUCUGGACCCACUCAGUAACCCCAGAGCCCCAAGGAACCCCAACCAUACAGACAGAGCCAACUCUCUCUCAGCAAGUGGAGAAUUUCUGGGUCUUAUUAACUCAAGGCAAGAUGAAAGUACAAAAUAAGUGUCAUUUUGUUUUGUUUUCCCUUCAGAUUUGGAUAAUUUGGUGGAGGAGAGUCAGAGUUCUUAAGAAGCUAGGAGUCAUGCUUUCACUCAGGAAAUGCUUCUUCGUGCCUACUGCAUCUCAAUUCAGGCCAGUUCAGUCGCUCAGUUGUGUCCAACUCUUUUCGAGCACGUGUACUGCAGCAUGCCAGGCCUCCCUGUCCAUCACCAACUCCUGGAGAUUACUCAAACCCAUGUCCAUCGAGUCGGUGAUGCCAUCCAACCAUCUCUUCCUCUGUCAUCCCCUUCUCCUCCUGCCUUCAAUCUUUCCCAGCAUCAGGGUCUUUUCAAUGAGUCAGUUUUUUUGCAUCAGGUGGCCAAAGUAUUGGAGUUUCAGCUUCAGCAUCAGUCCUUCCAAUGAAUAUUCAGGACUGAUCUCCUUUAGGAUGGACUGGUUGGAUCUCCUUGCAGUCCAAGGGACUCUCAAGAGUCUUCUCCAGCACCACAGUUCAAAAGCAUCAAGAUGCCUACUGCGUCUAGGCACUGGGAAUAUGAAGGUGAACAAAACCAGUCCUCUGCCCUUGGUGCAACCUUGGGGUCCCAACUCAAGUUUCUGGGAGACAGAGACAGCCAGGAUCCCUCAAACUAUUUCUCUGGACCACGGACUAAGAUGGCAGAGAGCAGGGGAAGAUGAGGAACUGAUAAGUAUUAAAGUAUCUGUUGUUUGCUCAGGUGCUGAUUUAGGCUCUCUAAAGACAGUAUUAAGCAUUCAUAAUAAUUAUCAUUAUAAUGAUAACGGCUGUAUGUGUGUGCUCAGUAGCUCAGGUGUCCAACUCUUUGCGACCCCAUGGACUGCAACCAACCAGGCUCCCCUGUCCAUGGGAUUCUCCAGGCAAGGAGGAGUGGGUUGCCGUUUCCUUCCACGGAAUCUUCUCAACCCAGGGAUCGAACCUGCGCUUCCUGCAACUCCUACACUGGCAGGCAGAUUCUUUGCCACUGAGCCACCUGGGAAGCCUGGAAUGAUAAUAGUUAAUGAUUAUUGAGUCUUACUUUGUGCCAGGUUCCAUUCGAAGUGCCUUGCAGGCAUUAGCUCAUCUAAUCCUCACAGCAAGCCUGUGUCGUGAGCUGGGUGUAGUUAUUAGCCCCAUCUCACAGCCGAGGCAGCAGGCACAGAGAAGCAGAACCACCUGCCUAGUGUCACUCAGGGGUGAGUAGCAGAGGCAGCAUUCAAACCCAGCUCCGCCCCAGUUGGCUCCCCUAUGCCUUGCAGCUUCACGGAAGUGGGAGUCUGGACUGUGGGUUCAAAUAAUUCCACAUGUGAACCGGACCUCAGUAACUGCCCAGUUGGGUCUCUGACUUUUGCAGAAUCAGAGGCUCAGGGAGAUAAAAUGUCUUGCUCAGGGUCACAAGGCAAAGCCACCCCAGAGCAGGAUUGGAAAAUGAGUGAGUCUUCUGGGAGCCAGUGCCGAGCCAAGACCACACGUGUCAUUUCUCAGGGAUGCGUGAGCGACGAUGUGUUUGUGAGAGAGAAAGAGGGGGGGAGACAGACAGACGACACACAAGACACGGACGGGAGGCUGGUGACGGUCCCCCUGCAGGGCCCCGUGCCAGUCCCGGAGACGCUGACCUCUCUCGGCAUCCCGUACACUCCCUCUCUGGGUCCCACGAGAAAAAUUCCUCUUGCCGCUUUGUCACCACAUCUUCUUUGGGACUUCAAGUAGUACCCAGGAAGCCCUCAGACAUGUGGUGGUUUUUGUUCCUGGAAAAGGUGCCCAGAGUAACCACGUUGAAGACCGGCUCCAGGCCCAGGCAGGCUCCCAGUGGCACGGAGCUGUUCCCCAAACUCAAAUCCACCCUGCCGCAGACUCUGAAAGCACCCACCAGGGACUUUCCGGGAAAGCCUCGGGUGCCGCGGCGACCUCCCUGGGACUCGGGUGCAGCUCCCCAAGGACGCGGCCUUGGAGGGGCCGCAGGGGGAGCUCAGCUGAGGAAUGUCAGCCCUGUGACUGCAGUCACACCUCGGCCGUGUGACAGGGCGGUGAGCUGUGACUGCGGGCAGCCAGUCUGCUCAGGAACCACGGCUGCAUCUGAAGGGCAGGAGAGGCGAUUCCACACACUCCCGAGUGCACGCUCUGGGGCUAGGGGGUUUUACAAAUGUGAACUUGCAUGGAGCCUCCUAGUUUCUAGCAUCCCUGUUUGACAGAGGGGUCAAUGCACGUGGCUGAGGCCACACAGAAAGGAAACAGCCGGAUUCGGACUCCGGCUCAAAAACCGGCAUCGUUGGAAUGGGCAUGGGAGGCAGGGUAGACCGGUUGUUGAGAACAAAGGCUUUGCCUCCCACGGCCUUUGACCAUGGGCGGGUCAUGUAGCCUCUCCAAGCCUGAGUGUCCUCAUCUAUAGCAUGUUCUGAGUAUUCUAAAGUCCCUCAGUCGUGUCUGACUCUUUGUGACCCCGUGGACCGCAGCCCGCCAGGUU